CAGGGGCCUCUGAGGUCAGUGGGCAGAGGAGUCUCAGAGGACGGAGCCCCUGGGAGCAGGACCCACACACACCAUGGCGAGCGUGGUGGUGAAGACGAUCUGGCAAUCCAAGGAGAUCCAUGAGGCCGGGGAUCCCCCUGCAGGAAUCGAGAGCCGCUCCCAGCUGGUCCCGGAGGCUCCCGGGGGGGGCACCAGCCCAGCCAAGGGGAUCACAAAGAAAAAGAAGGCCGUCUCAUUCCACGGGGUGGAGCCCCGGAUGUCCCACGAGCCAAUGCACUGGUGCCUGAACCUCAAAAGGUCAUCAGCCUGCACCAAUGUGUCACUGCUCAACCUGGCCGCCAUGGAGCCCACUGACUCCUCAGGGACAGACUCGACCACAGAAGACAGUGGCCCACUCGCGCUGCCCGGGCCCCCUGCCGCCGCCACCCCACCCUGGGCUCCAGAUGACCCAGACAUCACGGAAAUAAUGAGUGGGGUCAACAGUGGAUUGGUCCGCGCUAAAGACUCCAUCACCAGCUUGAAGGAGAAGACCACCCGGGUUAAUCAGCACGUGCAGAACCUGCAGAGCGAGUGUUCAGUGCUGAGCGAGAAUCUAGAGAGAAGGCGGCAAGAGGCAGAAGAGCUGGAGGGAUACUGUAGUCAGCUCAAGGAGAACUGCCGGAAGGUGACCCGGUCUGUGGAAGACGCUGAAAUCAAAACCAACGUCUUGAAGCAGAACUCCGCCUUGCUGGAGGAAAAGCUGCGCUACCUCCAGCAGCAAUUGCAGGACGAGACACCGCGGAGGCAGGAGGCGGAGUUGCAGGAGCUGGAGCAGAAGCUGGAGGCCGGCCUCUCCCGGCAGGGUCUAGGUGCCGCCGCCCCGACCCAAGGCUGCUCAGGCCCACCAGGGAGCCCGGACGAACCACCACGGCCGCGCUGCCCGGCUCCCGGAGGCUGGGGAAUGGGACCUCGAGCAGGGGAGAGCCCCCACGUGAGCGAGCAGGAAUUGCAGAAGGUCUCCACCGGCCUGGAGGAGUUAAGGAGGGAGGUGUCCUCGCUGACCGCCCGGUGGCAUCAGGAGGAGGGGGCCGUGCAGGAGGCCCUACGGUUGCUCGGGGGCCUCGGCGGCAGGCUCGAUGGCUUCUUGGGCCAGUGGGAGCGAGCGCAGCGUGAGCAGGCACAAACAGCACGGGGCUUGCAGGAGCUGCGAGGUCGGGCGGAUGAGCUGUGCACCAUGUAAGAGCACUGUGGGAUUUCCUCACCCUGGAAACGGAAGGAUGGGGGUGCAUUGUAGCCAGGGGUACCUAGCCGGGAGGUCGUGUGGGGUGCAGAGUGGAACAGCCCGAUGGAGCUGGGCAGGUGGGUGUGGAGUGUCCUGCGGAUGGAGUUGGCACGGGGACUCUCAUCUGGUGACCACCCCUCUCCCAGCCAGGGGCAGCAGUUGUCCACGGAGUCCCUGCAGCAGCUGCUGGAGCGAGCGCUGACCCCACUGGUGGAUGAGGUGAAACAGCGGGGCCUGGCUCCCGCCUGCCCCAGCUGCCAGAGGCUACACAAGAAGAUUCUGGAGCUGGAGCGCCAGGCCUUGGCCAAACACGUCAGGGCAGAGGCCCUGAGCUCCACCCUUCGGCUGGCCCAAGACGAGGCCCUGCGGGCCAAGAAUCUGCUGCUGACGGACAAGAUGAAGCCGGAGUGAGGAAGGAGGCUGAGGGCACGGGAGGAGGGGAGAAGGUGGCCGCGCUGGACUACCUACACUUGAAGAUGUGCUCCCUCCACGAUCAGCUCAGCAACCUGCCGCUUGAGG